UUGUCCGUAUGUACACCCGUAUCACAGUUCAACUAGGGCAAAACAAUACAUAGAUUAUCUAUUUCAUAUUUCAUAUGGACAGGAACGUUUAUACUAGUACAACAGUUGAAGUCAGUGAGGAAUUCACGUCAUUUACCUUCUCUUCUUUUAUAUUUUUGUGAUUUAUUUUCUCAAUGUAAGGAAAAAGGAGUAGUGAAAAAAAACACCUUUGUACUAAAUACAAUAAGAUCUGAUUAGAAGUAGCCGUUACUCAAUAUACGAAGGCUGAAAUCUCACGAAAUAAACAAUGUUGAUGUCUCAGUGGUUUCGGAGUGGAGGAGUGGGAUAUCUGUGGAUAGGAAGUCUUCUUAUAUUACACCUUGCAUCAGUAUCAUUAGCACAGAAUUCCAACAUACGUCUGGUCAAUGGAACACGUAACAGUAAUGGUCGACUGGAAGUUCGGCAUAAUGGAACAUGGGGGACAGUUUGUGAUGACAAUUUUGACAAUCAUGCAGCUACAGUUGUGUGUCGUAUGCUGGGAUAUACUGGAAAUUUAUUUGUUGCAAGAGAAAAAGCUCAGUUUGGUGCUGGUACAGGGCAGAUCUGGCUUGAUGACACUACCUGUCAGGGAAACGAGACUAGUUUGUUCAGCUGUCGUACAAAUCCGUGGGGUCAAAAUAACUGUGGACAUGACGAGGAUGUUGGUGUAGAUUGUGAUCCUAAUCGAGAUGCACAGGUGACAUUACGUCUUGUGAACGGCUCAAACGGAAAUGAAGGUCGUGUGGAAGUUCAGCAUGGUGUGAACGGGUUGUGGGGAACAAUCUGUGAUGAUGAGUGGGAUGAGAAAGCAGCUCUCAUUGUUUGUCAACAAAUUACUAAACGUAGUCAAAAUAGCAUUACAGCUAUACCUUUGACUGGAGCAUUUUUCGGGCAGGGACAAGGUAACAUCUGGUUAGAUGAUGUAAAGUGUACGGGACUCGAGGCAGGGCUCGGGGCUUGUGCCCAUAAACCUUGGGGUCAGUCAAAUUGCCAACAUAAUGAAGAUGCUGGUGUCAUGUGUCUACCUAAAUCAGGACCAAAUCCUAAUGUGACGGUACAGUUGACGGGAGGACUGUCUAUAUUCCAAGGUCGUGUAGAGUUACGUGUGUUUAAUCAUUGGGGCACAAUCUGUGACGAUGGAUUUGAUGACCGAGAAGCCACUGUCAUCUGUAGAAUGCUAGGACAUCAUAGGGGUGGCAGGGUGAUUAAAGGUGGAUCAUUUGGUGGAGGAAGUGGACCAAUCUGGUUGGAUGAUUUGGAAUGUAACGGCACUGAAUCAAGAAUUCAAGAUUGCGUUCACAAACCGUGGGGAUCUAACAACUGUGGGCACAAUGAAGAUGCUGCUGUCAUGUGUAUACAAGAUUCCCCACCAAAUAUAAAGGUGCGUUUGGCAGGCAGUACAAAUGCAAAUGAAGGACGUGUUGAGGUUCAGUACAAUGGUAUGUGGGGGACAGUCUGUGAUGAUAUAUGGUCACCUUCUGAUGCUGCUGUUGUAUGCCGGAUGCUGGGACUUCCCUUGUACGAUGUUUAUCACACUUUGUUAUGUCCUUGCCUUUCUGCCCCGCAACAUCCCAAUGUUACUGUCAGACUUGUGGGUGGGGCAUCUUCCUCAGAGGGUCGUGUUGAAGUAUACCACAAUAACCAGUGGGGUACUGUGUGUGAUGACUACUUUGAUACCAAGGCUGCAAGUGUGGUCUGUGCAAUGCUGGGGUUACCAAGCACUGGUGCUCAGCCAAGGCCGAAGUCAUACUAUGGUCCAGGCAAUGGAACUAUAUGGUUAGAUAAUUUACGAUGUACUGGGAAUGAAUCAAGUAUAGAAUUCUGUCGUCAUAACAACUGGGGAGUGAGCAACUGUGGCCACAGCGAGGAUGUUGGAGUCCUGUGUGAUACAGCUGCUAACAAUGUGAGAGUCAGACUGGUUGGUGGAUCAUCUACAUCCAAUGGUCGUGUUGAGGUGUUUUACAACAAUACAUGGGGCACAGUCUGUGAUGAUGGGUUCAGUGUUAAUGAUGCCAAGGUUGUGUGCCGUAUGCUUGGCUUUCAGACAGCUAACAGUUUACCUGUAUCUGGUGGUCACUAUGGUAAUGGAACAGGACCUAUCCUGUUAGAUGAUGUACAGUGUCUCGGCUCAGAGAACAAUCUUGUACAGUGUCGUAACAAGGGCUGGUAUAGCAACAACUGUAACCACGGCGAGGAUGUCGGAGUUGUCUGCAAUGCAGCUGCAGCACGAUAUCGCCUUGUGAAUGGUACCAAUCUCAACAAUGGUCGUGUAGAGGUCUACUUGGCAGGACAAUGGGGCACAGUCUGUGAUGAUCACUUUGAUGUGAAAGCAGCUAGAGUUAUUUGCAAGUCUUUGCAUCGUCCAUAUCAGAAUGCCGUUCCAGCUGGGGCAGGAUCGUAUGGAUUUGGUACAGGUACAAUCUGGCUGGAUGACGUUACAUGCUUUGGAAAUGAGACAACAUUAAUGCAGUGUGAUACAAGUGCUCCAGGAGAUACAGACUGUACACAUAAAGAAGAUGUUGGAGUGAUUUGCAGAGACAGCGCUCCAUCAACUAAUCUUCAGUACCGUCUCCGCGGUGGACCAGGAAAUAACGAGGGAAGACUUGAAGUUAACUAUGCAGGAAGAUGGGGCACAGUCUGUGAUGAUAGUUUUGAUAAUAAGGCAGCAAAGAUAGUUUGUGACACGUUGAAUGUAACGUAUGUAAAAGCAGUGCUUGGCAAGUCAGGCAAAUACGGACCUGGAGUUGGGCCUAUAUGGUUAGAUGAUGUCAGAUGUGCUGGGAAUGAGUCAUCACUGACACAGUGUAGCCAUAGUGAUUUUGGUGUCACAGAUUGUGAUCAUACUGAAGAUGUUGGCAUUGUCUGUGCUACAGCUGUACAACUCAAACUGGGACCUCUGCGUUUGAGAAAUGGAACAACUACUCGUAAUGGUCGUCUAGAAGUCAAAAACAAUGGAGUAUGGGGAACUGUUUGUGACGAUGGCUUUGGACUUGCUGAGGCCCAGGUUGCCUGCCGAGAACUUGGUAUUCCAACUGCUGUUGCUGUACCACUGUCCAAUGCUUACUAUGGUGCUGGUACAGGACCUAUCUAUGUUGAUGAGAUCAACUGUAUUGGGAAUGAAACAAAUAUUGGUCAGUGUGACAGGAAACCACUGGGUGUUAAUGACUGUGGACAUGACGAGGAUGCUGGACUUAUGUGUCUUGCACAUGCACCUACAAGUGGUAUAAGUAUAAGAUUAGCUGGUGGACUGAGUCGUAGGUCAGGACGGGUUGAGAUCAGGUACCAGGGUGUCUGGGGUUCCAUCUGUGAUGAUUCCUGGGAUGAUCGUGAUGCAACUGUCAUCUGCAAACAAAUUGGAUAUUCGAGUGGUACAGCACUGAAGUCUAUUGGUACAGGCCGGGGUCCAAUAUGGAUGGAUGAUGUGGAAUGUGUUGGUACAGAAUCAAACAUUGCAAAUUGCCCAUUUAAAGGUUGGGCUGAAAAUGACUGCGAUCACUCUGAAGAUGCUGGUGUUAAUUGUAACGAUACUACGGUUCAGAACUACAAGGUACGACUAGCAAAUGGGCCAAGUACAAUUGAAGGUCGUGUGGAAGUAUUUGUUGGUGGAAAUUGGGGUCCUGUUUGUGAUGAUAGCUGGACGAACGCUGACGCCCAGGUUGUGUGUCGAAUGCUUGGUGCAACAACUGAUGGGGCUACAGCCUAUGGCAGAGCUAAGUAUGGACAGAGUAAUUCCAGCUUUGUGUUAGAUCAGGUCAACUGUGUGGGAACAGAGACUAAUCUAGGACAGUGUCCGUCUAAUCCACCGUUACUACACAACUGUAACCAUGGGGAAGAGGCUGGUGUCAUGUGCAGAGGAGGUCAAGUGACAAGCCUACAGGUUAGACUGGUAGGGGGAAGUAACUCUAAUGAAGGUCGUGUGGAAGUGAGAUAUAAUGGAACAUGGGGGACUGUCUGUGACGACAACUGGAAUAUACAUGAUGCUCAGGUUGUCUGCAGUAUGCUCCAGUUCCCUGCACAAACUGCAAGACCAAGGAUGGGAGGAUUUUUUGGUCAGGGUACCGGACAAAUCUGGUUAGAUGAUGUAAACUGUAUAGGUAACGAGACUUCUCUUGCACUGUGUGGACAUGCUUCCUGGGGAACCAACAACUGUGGACACUCGGAAGAUGCCGGAGUUGUAUGUGGAGGUGUUACACGGACCAGUCCUAUACGACUUGCCAAUGGUACUACACGUGCUGAGGGUCGUGUUGAAAUUUUCCACAAUGGGACAUGGGGCACUAUUUGCGAUGAUCAAGUGGACAGAAACUUUGCACAAGUUAUUUGCAGACAACUCGGUUAUCCAAUAGAUAAUGUUGCAAUGAGAAAGGAGGCAUUUUUUGGUCCGGGUAAAGGUCAGAUCUGGUUGGAUGAUGUGACGUGCCAGGGCGAUGAAUCUGUGCUAGAUAAUUGUGUAUACGCCAACUGGGGCGUCAAUAACUGUGGGCAUAAUGAAGAUGUCAGUGUUAUAUGUCAAGUUCCAACUGUCCAGAUCAGACUGGUUCCACCACCGGGCGGCGCAGCAAAUCAAGGUCGCAUAGAGGUAUACUACAACAAUACCUGGGGCACAGUCUGUGAUGAUGGGUUUGAUUCAAAAGCUGCUGGAGUUGUCUGUGGAAUGCUUGGAUUCUCCAGGCUUGGUGCUGUGGUUAAAGGGGGUGCAUUUUUCCAGCAGGGCUCUGGACCUAUCCUGCUGGAUGAUCUACACUGUUUAGGUCAGGAAACAAACAUUCUACAGUGUGAUGCCAAGGGGUGGGGCAGAAACAACUGUGGUCAUGAUGAGGAUGUCGGAGUUAUCUGUCAGACAUCCUCAUUAUCAACCGUAAGACUGGUUGGUGGAUCUAGCCAGUAUACAGGACGUGUUGAAGUGCUCUAUAAUGGAACUUGGGGCACAGUCUGUGAUGAUUAUUUCACAAACAAGGCUGCCAAGGUUGUCUGCUCAAUGCUACAUUACCCAUCCGCUGGAGCAUACAAAGUAACACGUGGAGGCUGGUCUAACCCUCCAACUAAGAUCUGGCUAGACAAUCUUGUGUGUACUGGAAAUGAAUCUUCUAUAGCUAAUUGUCGGCACAAUAACUGGGGAUCAAACAACUGUGGUCAUAAUGAAGAUAUUGGUGUCUUCUGUACUGCUACUACCACACCUGCAACAACACCAACGACACGUCUACCACCAUCCACUCCCAGCCCCUCUAGUGUAUUUGUGAGGCUUGUUGGUGGAAGCAAUGCAUAUGAUGGCCGUGUUGAAGUGUAUGCCUUCAAUCAGUGGGGAACAGUUUGCGACGAUCAAUGGAACUCCAGCAGCGCUAAUGUUGUCUGUGGCAUGCUGGGAUAUCAGAGAACUGGAGCUGCAGCCAGAAGUAGUGCAUACUUUGGGCAAGGAAGUGGUCAGAUCUGGCUUGACAACGUUCAUUGCCAUGGUAAUGAGAGGUCCAUAGCAACUUGUCCAGCUAAUGCUUGGGGAGCACAUAACUGUGGACAUCAGGAGGAUGCUGGGAUUUCCUGUGCAACAGAUAGUUUACCAGAUGGCUUCCUCUUAUUUACCGACUCCAGCCAGAAACAGAUAUACCGCAUGGACCUGACAACACAAAGUUAUGUGACAAUACCUUUGUCAGGGCAUGACAAACCUAUAGCCAUAGAUUAUGACUAUAUUGAUGGAAGAAUCUACUGGACUGAUGUUGGUAUUAAACAAAUUAGAAGUGCCUCUAUCAAUGGAAACUCAGAAAAAACAGUCUUGAUCCUUGAUUCUGACUCAGUGCCUGAUGGUAUAGCUGUGGAUUCCAAGUCAAGACUUAUCUUCUAUACCGACACCGGGAAGAAUAAAAUCUAUGUUGUCACUUUAGAUGGGUCCGCCUCAGCUGAAAUCAUAAACUCUGACUUAGACCAGCCAAGAGCUAUAACAGCUGAUCCAAAUAAAGCAAAACUAUAUUGGUCUGACUGGGGACAUCAGCCUAAGAUCGAGACAUCCAAUUAUGACGGUUCUAACAGGCGAAUAAUUGUACAGAAUGACCUUACAUGGCCUAACGCUAUAGCUGUAGAUAACAAAGCUGGAAUACUUUAUUGGGCUGAUGGAUCAAAGAAUAGAAUAGAGAAGGCCAAUUUAGACGGCAGUAACAGAGUUGUCCUGCACAGAGAUAUUCAGGCUCACUACUUUGGUCUCGCACUCUAUAUGAAUACACUGUAUUACACAGACUGGCAGCAAGGCACAGUGAUGAGUCUGCCAACCAGUGGAGGAUCAAGUACACGUUUUGGACCCCCGGGAUUCCGUAGACUUAAUGAUAUACAUGUGCACAAGAAUGGAUACAAUCCUAGUGGUAUAAAUGGCUGUACAAAUGGUAAUGGUGGAUGUAGUCAUAUUUGCUUACCAAACAUUGGAGGAGGCAGGACAUGUAUGUGUUCAACAGGCAUGUCACUUCAGCCUGACGGAAUCAGCUGUGGCAACUCUAAUCCUUGCCAAGCUCUGCCAGCACUGACUGGGGGAACAAUCUCACCUGCUAGCUGUACUAGUGGUAUGUCACAACCGGGUCAGGUAUGCACAGUAACAUGUAACCAAGGUUACCGAUUCUCUGGCAACACAAAGUUAAAAUGCUUUGGAAGUGGACAGUGGAGUAACAAUGGAUAUCCUGUAACAUGUAAAGACAUUACCCCACCCACUGUGACAUGCCCAGGAGAUCAGACAUUGAUUGUUCCUCAAGGUCAGCAAACCAUUAAGGCCACAUGGCCAAAAGUGACUGCCUCAGACAAUUCUGGUGUAACUCCCAACUUGUUCCAGAGCAUGCAGAGUGGUAUGACCCUUGCUGAAGGUGUUUAUAGUGUCACUGCCAUGGCAACAGACAAGAUUGGUCUUACAUCUACAUGUAGCUUCAAGGUCACAGUUAAAGUGUAUAGAUGCCCUGCACGAACUGCUCCACAGAAUGGUUACAUUUUGUCUGGUUUCUGUCCAGACUACUAUGGUGCACAUUGUAUGCUGGCAUGCAACCCCGGGUACCAGCUCAGUGAUCCAACUCACAAUGGACAGAUUACAUGUAAUCUUGAUGCCAACAAUAGACCACUAUGGGAUGGAGUAGGACUGUCGUGCCAAGCUUUGACCUGUCCAAAGCUGACUGCCCCGAAGAAUGCGAUGUUGUCUGGUUGUACAGCACCAUACAAGUUUGCAGCUAUGUGUCAACAGCAGUGUCAAUCGGGAUUCUAUAGAACACAGGGAACCGAUACACGUAUGUGUAUGAGGGAUGGUACCUGGUCUGGACAGUCUAUUAUCUGUAGCAAUAAUGCAGUUGGUGGCGCCCAGGCACUAUCAGGCUCGGCACCAUCGUCUGGAGGAAGCCAGAGCAAUGUGGGUAUAACAGCUGCUGUUGUUGUUGGUGUAGUCUUCAUUGUUCUCAUUCUUGGAGGAAUAUUUGUCUAUCUCAAGCGAAUGCAAAUGCAAGCAAGUAUGGGUUCUGGUGUUUAUCAGAUGGAGAACAUGUCUACAUCAUUAUCUGCCUCAAAGAAACAAGGAAGUGGGGCCACAGGGACAGCAGGUUGGGAAAACCCCAAUUACGACAACAUGGAUGCUGAUGCAUAAACUUACGUUACAUCAUACUAUAAACUUCAUAAAUAUUCAUGAAAAAUACACAAGAACAGCAGCUGAUACACGCUGUAUCAGACAGUGUCAUCUCCUUCAUUUCAUAAAUGCCAAAUGAAACGGGGAUAUGUUUACCCACAUUUCAAAUACACGUAUGAAUUAAAAACUGGUAUUUUAAGCAUUAAUGUUGAAAGAAAACAAUAUAUUCUGCUUAAUAAAUGUUUAACAUGCUCAACUUCUGUGUAUCGAAAUAGUUUUUGGGAUGGUUUUAGCCAGGGUAUUUUUCAGUAUUACAAGGACACUGGGUCUUAUAAUGUGGAUAUACAGAGUUUUGUGAUAGGUAAGGCUGGGUUUCAUGUUAGUUAUGAAUUCGUAUGGAUUGAUUUGUAUUUCUCUCAACAUGUUAGUGGUGAAAAAUGCAAUCUGUUUAGUUCUACAGCUCAGUAAGACUUUUUGCCACUCUAUGUGAGAUGUAAGGUUGCCACUCUGUGUGAGAUGUAAGGUUGCCACUCUAUGUGAGAUGUAAGGUUGCCACUCUGUGAGAUGUAAGGUUGCCACUCUGUGUGAGAUGUAAGGUUGCCACUCUGUGUGAGAUGUAAGGUUGCCACUCUGUGUGAGAUGUAAGGUUGCCACUCUAUGCGAGAUGUAAGGUUGCCACUCUGUGUGAGAUGUAAGGUUGCCACUCUGUGUGAGAUGUAAGGUUGCCACUCUAUGUGAGAUGUAAGGUUGUCAUUUUGUUUAGAAUUAUGUCGAAUGUUUAUCAUGUUUAUUUCAUUUUUGUAUAAAAUUUAAUAUUUUUCCACAUAUUUUCCUUGUAAUAAACUUUUUUUUUUAGAUUUCAUUAGUUAUUUAUUAUGUAUAUAGACUAU